CAGACAGGGGCCGGGCUGGCGCUGCGGCCGGAGAUGCUGUGGGUCCGCGAGGGCGCUCAGCAGGCCGGAGCACUGCAUUGAAGGCACUGAGGUGAGGUGCAGUGCCAGACCGGCGGGUAAAGUGAACCUGGGGGACAGAAGAGUUUGAUGACGCAGACCACUGAAUUUUUUCGUGUGUGCACGUUAUGAACCCUUUCUGGAGCAUGUCUGCAAGCUCUGGACGCAAACGAUCUGAUGGUGAAGAGAAGACACUACCAGGGGAUGGGAAAACCAGCCCUCCACGCACGGCUCCAAAGAAACAGCUGCCUUCUAUUCCUAAAAAUGCUUUGCCUAUAACUAAGCCUACGUCCCCGGCCCCAGCAGCCCAGUCAACAAAUGGCACACAUGCUUCUUACGGACCCUUCUACCUGGAGUACUCUCUCCUUGCCGAGUUUACCUUGGUUGUGAAGCAGAGGCUACCAGGCGUCUAUGUGCAGCCAUCUUACCGCUCUGCAUUAAUGUGGUUUGGAGUAAUAUUCAUACGGCACGGACUUUACCAAGAUGGUGUAUUUAAAUUCACAGUUUACAUCCCUGAUAACUACCCCGAUGGUGACUGUCCCCGCUUGGUGUUUGACAUUCCCAUCUUUCACCCGCUAGUUGACCCCACCUCAGGCGAACUGGAUGUGAAGAGAGCAUUUGCAAAAUGGAGGCGGAACCACAACCACAUCUGGCAGGUGCUGAUGUACGCGAGGAGGGUGUUCUACAAGAUCGACACAGCAAGCCCCCUCAACCCCGAGGCUGCCGUCCUGUAUGAAAAAGAUGUUCACCUGUUUAAAAGUAAAGUGGUUGACAGUGUCAAGGCAGGCACGGCCCAGCUGUUCGAGCAGCCUAAGAUAGAAGACCCCUAUGCCAUUAACUUUUCCCCAUGGAACCCUGCUGUGCACGACGAAGCCAGAGAGAAGAUGCUGACUCAGAAAAAGCCCGAAGAACAGCACAAUAAAAGUGUUCACGUUGCCGGCCUGUCGUGGGUAAAGCCUGGCUCAGUGCAGCCUUUCAGUAAGGAAGAGAAAACAGGAGCUACUUAAGAGCCGGAGAGCCCGGUGCACGGUGCACGUCCCUGUGGCCUCGGGCCCCGCUCAGGCCGACCAGCGGCCAGGACUGCUGCAGAGUAAACUGUGUGAACAGUGACCGACACCAGCGUGGUCCGUGUGUGCUUAGGUUCUAAAGGCAAGUUUUGGAAACCUCUCCAGUAACGCGUUACUUCUGUCAGAAGUGUCUUUAGGGUGGUGAUCUAGUUCAGUACUCCAAAUUCUUGGGGACCUUAAGGCUUAAAUAUUUUUCUGAAUAUAAAGUUAAAGGUAAGUGGCAUUCAUUUAAAAUAGGGUAGAGAGAGUUUAGCACUAUCUAAUGAUUUUAAAAUCAGCAGUUUCAGUUGUACAUAUGUUAGGGUGUGGAGAGGAAGGGCCUAGGGAAAGCAGGCUGCGUAGCUUGUUAGCGCUGUUAGGUGGGAGACCAUCGGAGCCUCAGUCUUCAGCCUGCUGUCGUACUGAUUUACAAGCUGCUGCCACUGAGGCACACGUGGGGGCGUGGGAAGAAACCAGAACAUUUGUUCAUAGUUGUUUUUUUUCCAAAGCAAAUUACUUACUGUAUUUUUAUGGCAGGAGGGAUAAAAAGUGUUAAAACGGUUUCUAAUGAAGUCAAAUAUUUAAGCAAUGAAUGACUAAUGUGUUUCGUAGAGACAAAAUAAACCAAUAAAUGAUGGUUCUUUGUCAUUUAUGCAGGAAACUAAAUACCCUUUUCUCAGUAUAACUAAACAAAGAUUAAUUUAUAAAUGCUUUAUUGAAAAAUACACUUAUUUUCAUAUAAAAUUACAGUAGCAGUAAGUAUCUGGAGAGGUU